AUGGACAGGAGGGCGUGCACUUCCUUGCUCGUGCUCAUCAGCGUCCUACUCGCUCUGGCAUGCCCGGUUGCCGCGGGGAUGAAGGCCACGUUCGCAGCGGGCGUGGGGGUCGCCGACACGGCGGUGUUGCGGCGUCUGAUGACGACGAGCCUGGAGGAUGGCGUGGCGCCGGAGCUCACGGUGGAUCCGGAGCUCCACCGUCGCAUCCUGGCAGGCGACUUCUUGACACCAAGCGCGUUGAACCCAGAUAGGGCGGCCUGCGGACAGUCGUGCCCGGCGCCCGGGAGGCCGUACACCGGCCGGGGCUGCGAGAAGAUAUACCAGUGCCCCCACUGA